CCAAGAAUCAAGUAAGAAUAAUCUAUGCCUAGUUCAUUUUUAAGUUACGUAAAAUAAUUAAAAUUAAAUAAUAUUUAUAUUGUUGAGCAUAAUGCAAGCUAUCAAGGCUUUGGGGGCCACUUCUCCUAAUACAGUGCUUUCAUUUAUGAAAAAGGGUGUCUUUACACCUGUUGUUAGUCAAAUACGUGAUACUCAUUUACCUGCACCGAAUCCUACUGAGAAACGACCAUACUCACCCUUCCAAGAUGCUAGUAAUAUGGCAGAGAUGGCUGUGGCUCGACUUGAUGACUUAUUGAAUUGGGGGAGGAAAGGUUCCCUUUGGCCCAUGACCUUUGGUCUAGCUUGCUGCGCUGUAGAGAUGAUGCAUAUUGCUGCACCUCGCUAUGAUAUGGACCGAUAUGGUGUAGUAUUCCGAGCAUCUCCCCGUCAGUCUGAUGUAAUGAUUGUAGCAGGAACUUUAACAAACAAAAUGGCUCCAGCUUUGAGGAAAGUGUACGACCAAAUGCCUGAUCCCAGAUGGGUCAUUUCAAUGGGUAGUUGUGCUAAUGGAGGUGGCUAUUACCACUAUUCAUACUCUGUCGUAAGAGGAUGCGAUCGUAUUGUACCAGUUGACAUAUAUGUACCCGGAUGUCCACCUACAGCUGAAGCUUUACUUUAUGGUGUACUGCAACUACAAAAAAAAAUCAAGAGAAUGAAAACUAUUCAAGUGUGGUAUAGGAACUAAUUGAUCCGAUUAUAGUUUAUGUGAAUAAAAUCAUGUUAAUUACAUA